AUGCACCGUCGCAUCGUAAAGCGUGCUCUGGAUGGCCCUGAAGGCUUUCAAACGACAGCUAACUAUCCUUCCUAUACACGUAUACCCGUAUAUGCCAUUAUACCCGGAGUGACGGUGCCCAUUUCCCAUUUCCCCCUCCUCGUACUCGCCCUCAUUGUAAAUCAAUUUAUUCACGAGUUCGGGCAUGCGCUCACAGCAGCAUUAGAAUCUGUACCUCUCCUAUCCAUGGGAGCGUCCUUGACUCUUGUCUUCCCCUCUGCCUUUGUAGCGCUCCCCUCGGCUGCCACCCAGGCGCUCGCACCGCGAGGUAGAAUGCGCAUCAGCUCGUCCGGCGCAUUCCACAAUUUGCUCCUCUGGCUGGUGCUCAACGUAGCCGCACACGCAGGGGCAGACCGCCUCCUCUGGUCGGGGUUGCAGUACGCCGACACCAGCGCGUGGGGCAGGGUAGUUGUCGGCGUCGAACAGAGUUCGCCGCUGUACGGUUACCUCGCCGUUGGCUCGAUAAUCACACAAAUCGAUGAUCACCCGCUGCUCACGUCGGACGUGACCACUGAUCUCUGGUCGACGUUACUGAGCCAUCACGUCAAGGCAACGCCGGAGGAUGAGCUUGGCUGGUGCGUUGCACGCUCUUCAUUCGUUGAGCAACCGAUAUCCUGCUGCAGACAAGAAGCAGUGUCUGCCGCCCACCGCGAGCCCCUUGCAUGCUUCGUAACGCACGAACCGCUCUGGGACGAGCGCUGCCUUGAUCCGCUGCCGUACCUCAGUGACCCGGCGCCGUCUGCACAUGUCAAACGCUGCACAUCGACCACCGACUGCGGUGAGGGGCACAUAUGCACACGCCUACGUGACGACCAAGAGUUGGUGCGCCUGACGGUGCACACACCCGUCUGGGCAUCUGAUGGCCCCGCCGACAGCGUCGUCGUCUGGAGCGGACCGCGGGCAGAGAUUCUGGCAGAAGUCGACGUCAGCACAUGGGCACCCCGCAUGCACCUGCUCCCCGUUCGUCUUCCCGUUCUCGUGGGAGCCUUCAUCGGCUACGUUCAAAUGCUCAGCUUAUCACUUUAUUUCUUCAACAUGCUUCCUGUAUCGUUUCUCGACGGCGGACCAUUCUUGGAUGCUAGUGCCGACUUCGUCGUCAUGUCGUCGGGAGGCUCAUCGAAUGCGCGUGAAGACGUGGAGCUGGCUGCAUUGGAAGGCGAACCUGGGAGUAUUGUUCAUCGACCCUCGCCCCGUGGUGAGUGGAAAUCUCGCCUUCAACGGACAUUUCACUAUGCGUCGAUCAUCUUGUUCGGAUUGUGCUGCCUGUUGGGUGUUGUCCGGACAUUGGGAUAG